GUUAGAACUUCUAUUAUUUCUGCAAGUCUUUCCUUGUCACAUAACCUUUGCAUUCGUGCCACCGUCUGGCGGCGAUAGAGUGGUAGAAGAGGAGAAUCGGAAUACUUCCGAUCGACGAGCAGCUACAUUAGGGUUUGGUAGAGUCAGAAAUCCAGAAGUGGAGAGUGAUGGCCGGAAUUUCUAAAAGAAACAUCUAUGAUCAAUGUUCAUCUGAUCAAUGUCCAUCCAAUCUUAAUAUCCUUGUCAUUGAUACUGACAUCAAAGUUCUUGAAUUAAUCGAGAAAACACACAAGGAUUCUCAUCAAGUUAUAAUAUGUACUGAAACUUCAAGAGCUGUCGAUCUUUUACUGAGAAAAGAAAUAGACAUUCAUUUGAUUAUCAUGGAGCUUCAUAUGCCAAUGAUGGAUGGCUAUGAAUUCUUGCAAUUUCUCAAUAAAGAAGAAAUCUAUGUUGCUUUCAUCCUCAUGUUUUUUGGCGAUACCGUGCCUAGCCCACAGAAGGCUUUUGAACUUGGAGCUUGGUAUUAUUGGCUUAAACCCUUGGACGACUUUUACGUCAAGACCUUUUGGCCGUUUUUGGUGCGGCAUUACCAAAAGGAGCUCAAAAAGAAAAAUAUUAAUGGCUUGAAAUUUGAUAAAAGAAGUGACACAAGUGGUAGUAGUUCUGAAUGUUUUUCUGAUAUGGAAGUCAUAAGGAAAAAUAUGAAUGGCUUGAAACUUGAUGAAAUAAGUGACACAAGUGGUAGUUCUGAAUGUUUUUCUGAUACGGAAGUCGUUGCCGGAAUUUCUGAAGAAAACAUCUGUGAUCAAUGUCCAUCCAAUCUUAAUAUCCUUGUCAUUGAUACUGACAUCNAAGUUCUUGAAUUAAUCGAGAAAACACACAAGGAUUCUCAUCAAGUUAUAAUAUGUACUGAAACUUCAAGAGCUGUCGAAAUUUUACUGAGAAAAGAAAUAGACUUUCAUUUGAUUAUCAUGGAGCUUCAUAUGCCAAUGAUGGAUGGCUAUGAAUUCUUGCAAUUUCUCAAUAAAGAAGAAAUCUAUGUUGCUGUCAUCCUCAUGUUUUUUGGCGAUACCGUGCCUAGCCCACAGAAGGCUUUUGAACUUGGAGCUUGNUAUUAUUGGCUUAAACCCUUGGACGACUUUUACGUCAUUAACUUUUGGCCGUUUGUGGUGCGGCAUUACGGGCUCAUAACGAAAAAUAUUAAUGGCUUGAAAUUUGGUAAAAGAAGUGACACAAGUGGUAGUUCUGAAUGUUUUUCUGAUAUGGAACUUGAAGAAAUAAGUGACACAGGUGGUAGUUCUGAAUGUUUUUCUGAUAUGGAAGACUUUGCCGAUGAUACCUUCCACAUGAAAGAUGAUGAUACCCUUCACAAGAAAGAAUAGCCAGGAUCAACAGACUACUGCAAUAGCCAAACAUAAGCCAAAUGCUUAUGUUUCAAGUUUAUAUAAUUAUUUUGUUAACUUUUGCUACUUAAAAUGAACGCUUUUUUUUUUUUUAAUUAAAAGUCAUAAUUAAGAAAUAUUUAUGAAUAUAUAAUUCCUAUUGCAUUUACAGUAUGUAACUUAGCUUAUUAUAUAAGAUAAUUUUAAAUGUUUCUUAAAAUUCGCACAUG